UAGCUGUCUAGCGCUCGUGUAGUUGAGCGUUCAAUGAAUAUAAUUCAAUCAUUCAUUGUUCCGCCCGCUCCCUGCUCCUCAUUUCUCGUUUUGGUUUUGCGCUUCGCUCGUCGCGUUUGUAGUGUUUAUUUUAGAUUUUAGAAUACAUGUUUUUACUUGGGCAAAGUUUAACUAAAUUCAAGUGUCGCCUAACGGGUUUGAGUGUAAAAUGUCGAAGUGUAAGAACUCGAUUGUGUGCUGUAACAUGCAAUAGUGCAACAGGCUAGCCCUACGGUUCGUGUAAACAGAGAACACAGUGAUAACAAGAUGCCCACGGAUUCGGAAUGCGAGUGCGACGUGGUGUCGAGGGAGUGGCUGCUGGGGAAGCUGCGGUCGGACGAGCGGGACAUGAUCCUGAUCGACUGCCGCGGGUCCAACGAGUACUCGUGCUCGCACAUCCGCUCGGCGGUGAACUUCUCCAUCCCGAGCAUCAUGCUGCGGCGGCUGGCGGCGGGCAAGAUCGCGCUGGCGUCCACGGUGCAGUGCAAGGAGCUGCGGGCGCGCCUCGAGCACUGCGGCGCGCGCGGCUGCCUCGUGCUGUACGCCGACGCCGCGCGGGACCCUGACUCCGUGCACGGGAUACUGCUCAAGAGACUCAAACAAGAUGGCGUGCACGUCGUGUGUCUGGAAGGUGACUUCGAGGAGUUCCGCCGCGCCUACCCCGAGUGGUGCAGCGAGGCGGGCGCGCAGCACGUGCCUCAUCUGCCGCUCAUGGGACUACGCUCGCUGCGCAUAUCCGGCUCGGGCUGCGACGACGCGCUGUCGUCGGGCUCAUCCUCCGAGUGCGAGGACGCGCACGCCCACGCCCCGCAGGACUUCCCCGUGGAGAUCCUGCCCAACCUGUUCCUCGGCAACUCCGGCAACAGCGAGGACGAGGACUCGCUGCAGCGGCACAACAUCAAGUACGUGCUGAACGUGACCCCGGACCUGCCCAACACGUUCGAGGCGGCGGGCGGCGGCAUCAGCUACCUCAAGAUCCCCAUCGCCGACCACUGGAGCCAGAACCUCGCCGUGCACUUCCCGCAGGCCAUACGGUUUAUUGAGGAAGCGAUGUCAGCCCAAUGCGGCGUGCUGGUCCACUGCGUGGCGGGCGUGUCCCGCUCCGUGACCGUCACUCUGGCCUACCUCAUGCAGCGGCACCGGCUGUGUCUCCGAGACGCCUUCGAGCUGGUCCGCUCGCGCAAGACGGACAUCGCGCCCAACUUCCACUUCAUGCGGCAGCUGCACUCGUUCGAGCGCGACCUCGGGCUGCACGAGCACGCCGCCUCCCUGAGUAAGGUGUUGGAGGAGCUGGGCGUGCGUGAGUCGGCGGCGGCGGCGGGCUGCGGCUGCGCGGCGCCGGCGGGCGUGUCCCCCGACUCCGGCAUCGAGUUCGACCGCUGGAGCGCCGCGCGCGCCACGCCGCAAUGACAGUUCUUCACGCCGCCGCCCGACCGACCCACCAGCCUCCCGCUACCGGAGGACCAGAGUGAGAUGCAAGACGGAUAGACGCGGUGUUGGUCACCCUGUAGUUGAAAUUCGAAGUAGAGAUGGAUAAAAUUCAGGAUGAAAUUCGCGGUUUAAUGUCACAGUACAAAUGAAAGUUGCUUAUAGGCCGAGCGGCGCGGGCGGCCGCCAGCAAUUAUUAGACUAAACACUUUUGUAUUUACCUAGUAAUGUUUGUUUCUUAGCACGUUAAUAAAAUGUAUAAUCAUUCACACACGCUGCGAACUCUUUUGUAUUCGUAUGAAAUAUUAUGUAGGUUAUAGUUAGUUACGUAGAGGCGCACGUACGAUGUUCGGAGUUAAUCUGUUUAGUGCCACAAACCCUAAGGUUAUAACGUUGUAGGUAUAAGUGAACAUUAAUAGAUAUGAAUGAGAUAAACUUUAUGAUAUAUUAUGUAUGUUUUAUAAGUUUUGAUAAUGGUAUACCAUGCGGUGUAAGAUACAAAACUUAAAAUGCAUUCCCGUACAUACUUCUAUCUUCCAUUUAUGUUAAAUUGUGUUUCGUUAAUUGAAAUGAGAAUAUAAUAAGAUCGUAUAUCUCCUCUAUGAGGGGAAUUUUAAAUACAUUUAUAUACAGUUUGGUUUACGUGUCCAGAUCAUGAAAAUAGUACAAAUUAGACACAAUUCAUAGCUACGUCUCUGUGCCUUGCACAAUGGCUCUACAUGUUAACAAUACUGUGGUACAGAUAUAACUACAUAUUUACAUAAAUACAUUACACAUUAUUUACAUCUGGGCACCGCCACUUAUAGAGUAAAGUAUAUAAUACAAAUACACGGUGUAUUAUUUAUUUGUGAACAGGGCUUCUAGAACUCUUCCAUUAUUGUUAACUGAUAUUCUUUACAAAUGUUGUGUGCGAAUGAGUGAGUGACAAUAUUAUCAUCAUACAUUUAUAGUAUAACAGAAUAUAUAUGUAAAUUGAUAAAGUGAAGCCAUUGCUUCGGCGUUUUGCUGAACGGACACCUCAGCUAGUCGCUACUUUAUUUCAUAAUGUUAUGAUGUAACCCUAAGAGUAUAUUUUUAUGAUAAAACAUUAAUGUCUUAGUUUAGAUGAAAAUGCUGUUUAUUUUUCUAUCAGUCAAUCUAUUUUAUCGACUCGAAUAGCAUCAAUGCAAUUUAGUUGUUCCAAAAAUUUAGGUAUCUCUACUAGCAAUAUCAGAUGGUGGAAUAAUUUUGUGCUUGUUUUAUUUGUAAGGUCAAUAUUUUUAUACUGAAUGUACAUGACAAAUAACAACAUUGAAUUACGACGACGUCGGUCUAGCUAUUGAAUGAGAGAAAUGUAUCGCGGAUGAAAAUCAUUCACUGUCGUUAAUUUUAUUUUAUUGAAAAAAGUCGUCAAAUCGUAUUUUUCUAUACAAUUGUUUUCUAUCAACUUCCUAUUGUAAAUAAGUGGCAAGCUUUAAUUUAAGUAUAUUGAAUUAUAAACAUGUAGAGAAGUUGUUAACACUGAAUUUGUUGUAUAUUGAACAUGCAUUGUAACCGCUUCCCACAAAGAAUUGUUGCCAAUAUAUUUUGUAAGUAUCUCCCAUGACUACCAUGCGGAAUAUGGAGGUGUAUUGUUGCGAAGUUGGUGCGGGGUCGGGGGCGGCCGUGGCGGCCCCGGCGACUCACGUAGUGUAAGCGUUGCUUGGAGGGUCACUUCAGCUUGACAAAAAACCUACGUUUAAUACAACGAGAUGCUGAUAGAGUCGUGGUUAGUUCAGCUACAGUGACCCUCCUGCUCCAUCCCCAACCUAGUUGUAAAUCAUGAUGUACCGACACUUCGAAUGCACUGUAAGUACACAUGACUUUUUAUAUUUCUAGAAUUAAUAAUAUAGUGCACAAAUUCACGUUAACUUGAUUAUGUACCUACUUGUAAAACUACGUAUGUAUCGGUUUCUUUUAAAUUGUAACAUAAAAUAUAUGUUAACUGACAAUGUUGAUAAUGUUUUAGAAAACUUUUAGUGCUUCUUCCUGAAAGUCCCUAAUGCCAGUUCAUGGCUCUCAUAAUAUUAACCUCAAAAUAAAUAUAAACAUUGUUAAUUGAA